UUUACGGCACAAUUUUUGUCUAACCUCCUAUUCCACUUUGGGCAAAAAUAUACCCGUACUUCUGAGUUGUCGGCUUAUAAACCCUAGUUUAACCCUUUAAUGUGAUGCCUAAGUAAAAUGAAGGAAUUGAAGAGUAGUUCAUAUACAUGGAGAGUUUUUUAAACUCACCCAUUCAGGUAAAGGAUUUGUCUAAUAGGGCUUACAUUGAAUAGAUGUAAAUGUGCGGCUGACUCCAAACACUCGUAUUGUACCAGCGGUGGCGGUGACAGUUGUUGGUAUCAGUGUUGAGAGUUGCUUACGAAAUGGCAUAGGCAGUGAAACGUUGUCCUUGAGGUUGCACUAGCGAUCACAAUGGAAAUAUAGUAAUAGUGCUUCUUGCGCUGGCAGUGGUGCUAGAAGUGGUUGGUGAUGAUUAGUGCCAAUUAGUAAUAGUGCCGCUGCUACUUCUGCCAAUUUUCAUUUCACCGGAGUGAAUGCUGCCAUGAAUCGGGUUGGGUUUGAAAUUUUAGUGUAAACAGAACUGACCCAAAACUCUUUAGAAGGCAAAUUAUUUGACUUGACCCUUUGAAGAUUAACAAUAACAAUAAGAAGUUACUUGAUUUGUGGACCGAGUGUGAUAAUCAACCAACUGAUGCAACAGAUGAAACGAGAAUUAAUAAGGAGAUUAACACCAACCGUGACAAAGAAAAAGCAAAAAUCGAGGUAAGAGAAUGUUUACGGCUUUAAAAUUCAAUGAAAAUUAAGAGGUAACACGGAGAAGGACGCUCGCAUGGAAGAGCGAUAGAUAUACUUAAGAAGGUAGUUGUUAUGUUUGUGAUACCUAGAUUAUGUCUGAAAUCUAAGACGGUUGAGCAGUUGUGUUUCACAGAGGUCGUUAGCUGAGCGCUGUUCACAUGUUUUUUUCACUCUGAUAUUGUUUAUUGACUAUUCGUUAUUAUUGAAUCUAUUUACUCAAUUUUCUUACACUCUGAAGGUAAGUGUUUGGCUAACUUCAAAGAUAUUAUCAUUUGUAAACCUAAAACAACGUCCACUGGGUCAAGGCAGUUUUCAUUUCAUUAAUGAAGAGGCUCAAGGACAAAUGUUCGCAGUCCACACCCGGUUGACUUGGUUGGAUAAAUUGAGUAGCACCGUAGGCAAGUCUGGUUCAAAUGAUAAGCGAUCAAGAAACGUAAUGAAGGAUAAGUAAGCCAAGGGGUAAAAAGGCAUAUAAACGAUUUCAAUAUUUAUAACUUCAAACCUUAGGAUGUACAUAUCAACGAACGGCUACCUCAAGAAGCUGUCCAAAAGAUCUUCCUCUAUGCGAACAAUUUGCGUUUUUCUAUUGGAGUAGGAGACAAAGCUGGAGAGGGAAAGAAUUACGGAAAUCUCGGCAAUGCUUAUCAUCGCUUAGGAGAUUUCGAGAGAGCCAUCCAGUAUCAUGAAAGUGAUCUGAAAAUUGCCAAAGAAGUGGGAGACAAGGCUGGAGAGGGAAAGAGUUACUGCAAUCUCGGCAAUGCUUAUCAUCGCCUGGGAGAUUUCAAAAGAGCCAUCCAGUAUCAUGAAAAUAAUCUCAAAAUUGCCAAAGAAGUGGGAGACAAGGCUGGAGAGGGAAUCUGCUACUGCAAUCUCGGCAAUGCUUAUCAUCGCCUAGGAGAUUUCAAAAGAGCCAUCCAGUAUCAUGAAAGUGAUCUGAAAAUUGCCAAAGAAGUGGGAGACAAGGCUGGAGAGGGAAAGAGUUACUGCAAUCUCGGCAAUGCUUAUGAUAGCCUAGGAGAUUUCGAGAGAGCCAUCCAGUAUCAUGAAAGUGAUCUGAAAAUUGCCAAAGAAGUGGGAGACAAGGCUGGAGAGGGAAAGAGUUACUGCAAUCUCGGCAAUGCUUAUCAUAGCCUAGGAGAUUUCGAGAGAGCCAUCCAGUAUCAUGAAAGUCAUCUGAAAAUUGCCAAAGAAGUGGGAGACAAGGCUGGAGAGGGAAAGAGUUACUGCAAUCUCGGCAAUGCUUAUGAUAGCCUAGGAGAUUUCGAGAGAGCCAUCCAGUAUCAUGAAAGUGAUCUGAAAAUUGCCAAAGAAGUGGGAGACAAGGCUGGAGAGGGAAAGAGUUACGGAAAUCUCGGCAAUGCUUAUGAUAGCCUAGGAGAUUUCGAGAGAGCCAUCCAGUAUCAUGAAAGUGAUCUGAAAAUUGCCAAAGAAGUGGGAGACAAGGCUGGAGAGGGAAAGAGUUACUGCAAUCUCGGCAAUGCUUAUGAUAGCCUAGGAGAUUUCGAGAGAGCCAUCCAGUAUCAUGAAAGUCAUCUGAAAGUUGCCAAAGAAGUGGGAGACAAGGCUGGAGAGGGAAAGAGUUACGGAAAUCUCGGCAAUGCUUAUGAUAGCCUAGGAGAUUUCGAGAGAGCCAUCCAGUAUCAUGAAAGUGAUCUGAAAAUUGCCAAAGAAGUGGGAGACAAGGCUGGAGAGGGAAAGAGUUACGGAAAUCUCGGCAAUGCUUAUGAUAGCCUAGGAGAUUUCGAGAGAGCCAUCCAGUAUCAUGAAAGUCAUCUGAAAAUUGCCAAAGAAGUGGGAGACAAGGCUGAGAGGGAAUCUGCUACUGCAAUCUCGGCAAUGCUUAUCAUCGCCUAGGAGAUUUCAAAAGAGCCAUCCAGUAUCAUGAAAGUGAUCUGAAAAUUGCCAAAGAAGUGGGAGACAAGGCUGGAGAGGGAAUCUGCUACUGCAAUCUCGGCAAUGCUUAUCAUCGCCUAGGAGAUUUCAAAAGAGCCAUCCAGUAUCAUGAAAGUGAUCUGAAAAUUGCCAAAGAAGUGGGAGACAAGGCUGGGGAGGGAAAGAGUUACUGCAAUCUCGGCAAUGCUUAUGAUAGCCUAGGAGAUUUCGAGAGAGCCAUCCAGUAUCAUGAAAGUGAUCUGAAAAUUGCCAAAGAAGUGGGAGACAAGGCUGGAGAGGGAAAGAGUUACUGCAAUCUCGGCAAUGCUUAUGAUAGCCUAGGAGAUUUCGAGAGAGCCAUCCAGUAUCAUGAAAGUGAUCUGAAAAUUGCCAAAGAAGUGGGAGACAAGGCUGAGAGGGAAAUAGUUACUGCAAUCUCGGCAAUGCUUAUCAUAGCCUAGGAGAUUUCGAGAGAGCCAUCCAGUAUCAUGAAAAUAAUCUCAAAAUUGCCAAAGAAGUGGGAGACAAGGCUGAGAGGGAAUCUGCUACUGCAAUCUCGGCAAUGCUUAUGAUAGCCUAGGAGAUUUCGAGAGAGCCAUCCAGUAUCAUGAAAGUGAUCUGAAAAUUGCCAAAGAAGUGAGAGACAAAGCUGGAGAGGGAAAGAGUUACGGAAAUCUCGGCAAUGCUUAUGAUAGCCUAGGAGAUUUCGAGAGAGCCAUCCAGUAUCAUGAAAGUCAUCUGAAAGUUGCCAAAGAAGUGGGAGACAAGGCUGGAGAGGGAAUCUGCUACUGCAAUCUCGGCAAUGCUUAUCAUCGCCUAGGAGAUUUCAAAAGAGCCAUCCAGUAUCAUGAAAGUGAUCUGAAAAUUGCCAAAGAAGUGGGAGACAAGGCUGGAGAGGGAAAGAGUUACGGAAAUCUCGGCAAUGCUUAUGAUAGCCUAGGAGAUUUCGAGAGAGCCAUCCAGUAUCAUGAAAGUCAUCUGAAAGUUGCCAAAGAAGUGGGAGACAAGGCUGGAGAGGGAAUCUGCUACUGCAAUCUCGGCAAUGCUUAUCAUCGCCUAGGAGAUUUCAAAAGAGCCAUCCAGUAUCAUGAAAGUGAUCUGAAAAUUGCCAAAGAAGUGGGAGACAAGGCUGGAGAGGGAAUCUGCUACUGCAAUCUCGGCAAUGCUUAUCAUCGCCUAGGAGAUUUCGAGAGAGCCAUCCAGUAUCAUGAAAGUGAUCUGAAAAUUGCCAAAGAAGUGGGAGACAAGGCUGGAGAGGGAAAGAGUUACUGCAAUCUCGGCAAUGCUUAUCAUAGCCUAGGAGAUUUCGAGAGAGCCAUCCAGUAUCAUGAAAGUGAUCUGAAAAUUGCCAAAGAAGUGGGAGACAAGGCUGGAGAGGGAAAGAGUUACUGCAAUCUCGGCAAUGCUUAUCAUAGCCUAGGAGAUUUCGAGAGAGCCAUCCAGUAUCAUGAAAGUCAUCUGAAAAUUGCCAAAGAAGUGGGAGACAAGGCUGGAGAGGGAAAGAGUUACUGCAAUCUCGGCAAUGCUUAUGAUAGCCUAGGAGAUUUCGAGAGAGCCAUCCAGUAUCAUGAAAGUGAUCUGAAAAUUGCCAAAGAAGUGGGAGACAAGGCUGAGAGGGAAAGAGUUACGGAAAUCUCGGCAAUGCUUAUGAUAGCCUAGGAGAUUUCGAGAGAGCCAUCCAGUAUCAUGAAAGUGAUCUGAAAAUUGCCAAAGAAGUGGGAGACAAGGCUGGAGAGGGAAAGAGUUACUGCAAUCUCGGCAAUGCUUAUGAUAGCCUAGGAGAUUUCGAGAGAGCCAUCCAGUAUCAUGAAAGUCAUCUGAAAGUUGCCAAAGAAGUGGGAGACAAGGCUGGAGAGGGAAAGAGUUACGGAAAUCUCGGCAAUGCUUAUGAUAGCCUAGGAGAUUUCGAGAGAGCCAUCCAGUAUCAUGAAAGUGAUCUGAAAAUUGCCAAAGAAGUGGGAGACAAGGCUGGAGAGGGAAAGAGUUACGGAAAUCUCGGCAAUGCUUAUGAUAGCCUAGGAGAUUUCGAGAGAGCCAUCCAGUAUCAUGAAAGUCAUCUGAAAAUUGCCAAAGAAGUGGGAGACAAGGCUGGAGAGGGAAUCUGCUACUGCAAUCUCGGCAAUGCUUAUCAUCGCCUAGGAGAUUUCAAAAGAGCCAUCCAGUAUCAUGAAAGUGAUCUGAAAAUUGCCAAAGAAGUGGGAGACAAGGCUGGAGAGGGAAUCUGCUACUGCAAUCUCGGCAAUGCUUAUCAUCGCCUAGGAGAUUUCAAAAGAGCCAUCCAGUAUCAUGAAAGUGAUCUGAAAAUUGCCAAAGAAGUGGGAGACAAGGCUGGGGAGGGAAAGAGUUACUGCAAUCUCGGCAAUGCUUAUGAUAGCCUAGGAGAUUUCGAGAGAGCCAUCCAGUAUCAUGAAAGUGAUCUGAAAAUUGCCAAAGAAGUGGGAGACAAGGCUGGAGAGGGAAAGAGUUACUGCAAUCUCGGCAAUGCUUAUGAUAGCCUAGGAGAUUUCGAGAGAGCCAUCCAGUAUCAUGAAAGUGAUCUGAAAAUUGCCAAAGAAGUGGGAGACAAGGCUGGAGAGGGAAAUAGUUACUGCAAUCUCGGCAAUGCUUAUCAUAGCCUAGGAGAUUUCGAGAGAGCCAUCCAGUAUCAUGAAAAUAAUCUCAAAAUUGCCAAAGAAGUGGGAGACAAGGCUGGAGAGGGAAUCUGCUACUGCAAUCUCGGCAAUGCUUAUGAUAGCCUAGGAGAUUUCGAGAGAGCCAUCCAGUAUCAUGAAAGUGAUCUGAAAAUUGCCAAAGAAGUGAGAGACAAAGCUGGAGAGGGAAAGAGUUACGGAAAUCUCGGCAAUGCUUAUGAUAGCCUAGGAGAUUUCGAGAGAGCCAUCCAGUAUCAUGAAAGUGAUCUGAAAAUUGCCAAAGAAGUGGGAGACAAGGCUGGAGAGGGAUCCGGUUACGGUAAUCUGGCCAAUGUUUAUUGGAGGUUGGGAGAUCUAGAAAGAGCUGUUAACCUAUAUCGUUCUUGUGUGAUAAUGUUUGAUGCCAUCCGAGCCAAGCUGCGGUUCAGAGAUGAUUGCAAUAUUAGCUUCCGCGACAUGCAAAGAAACGCAUAUACUUGUUUGUGGCGUCUUCAUUUAGAACAAAAUCAAAUUUUGGAUGCGCUUCUAUCUGCUGAACAAGGACGUGCACAGGCUCUAAAUGAUCUGAUUUGUCUUAGAUAUGGGUUGAAAGAAAUACAACCUCGGCCUCACACCCCAGGGAAUUUUGAUCUUGAUGUUCUUGUAAGCGGUGCUGUUUCAAAUACAGUUUUUAUGGCUGUAGAUAAUAAGGAACGCAAGAUAUUCUACUGGUUUAUUAACAGCUUUCAAGAUAUUCAAUUGAGAAGUAUUGAAAUAAGUAAUUAUGGCUCGUUCGAAGAUGUCAAUACCUUUAUUGGAAGCUUAAUGAACACAGCAUCAAGAGCGUUUAAAAGAGGUGUUAUUGAAUGUGAAGAUCGCUCUCUUGAUGAGCCCUGUACUGAAGAAUUGGAGAAGAAAAGGUCAGGUCAUGCUGAUUUCUCUACUGAUUGCUCACCGAAAACUGCGUUACGGAUGUUGUAUGACGUUAUCAUUGAGCCGAUUGGUGAUCUUGUUAAUAGCAAUGAACUUAUCUUUGUUCCCGAGAGUUCAUUGUGGUCAGUCCCUUUUGCUGCAUUGAUGGAUUCCGAGUCAAAUUAUUUGUGUGACUCUUUCCGAGUUCGAACGAUUCCAUCCCUGACUACUUUGAGGUUGAUAAACGAUUACCCAGACGACUUCCACGAUAAGAAAAGUGCUUUACUUGUGGGUGAUCCAUGUUUGGAGGGGGUUCUUUUCGAGGAGAGGACGUUCGAUUCACUGCCAUGUGCAAGAGAAGAAGUGGUGAUAAUCGGCAGAAUCCUUGGUGCUGAUCCGCUUAUUGAAUUGGUGAAGAAGCAAGGAAAGAUGAAGUGUUGA